GCAGAUCUUGACGAGGCAAUUGAGCAUCAUCGUGCCGCCUUGGACCUUCACCUCGAGGGCCAUCCCGAUCGUUCCGCAUCUCUAAGCAAUCUUGCAAUUUCCCUUCGUACUCGAUUUGGACAACAUGGACAGAGUGCAGAUCUUGACGAGGCCAUUGAGUAUCAUCGUGCUGCCUUGGACCUUCGCCCCGAGGGCCAUCCCGCUCGUUCUGCAUCUCUGAACAAUCUUGCGAUUUCCCUCCAUACUCGAUAUGAACAACAUGGACAGAAUGCAGAUCUUGACGAGGCCAUUGAGUAUCAUCGUGCUGCCUUGGACCUUCGCCCCGAGGGCCAUCCCGAUCGCUCUGGGUCUCUGAACAAUCUUGCGAUUUCCCUCCAUACUCGAUAUGAACAGUAUGGACAGAGUGCAGAUCUUGACGAGGCCAUUGAGUAUCAUCGUGCUGCCUUGGACCUUCGCCCCGAGGGCCAUCCCGCUCGUUCUGCAUCUCUGAACAAUCUUGCGGUUUCCCUUCAAACUCGAUUUGAGCAACAUAGACAGAGUGCAGAUCUUGACGAGGCCAUUGAGCAUCACCGUGCUGCGUUGGAACUUCGCCCCGAGGGCCAUCCAGAUCGUUCUACAUCUCUGAACAAUCUUGCGGUUUCCCUUCAAACUCGAUUUGAGCAACAUAGACAGAGCGCAGAUCUUGACGAGGCCAUUGAGCAUCACCGUGCUGCGUUGGAACUUCGCCCCGAGGGCCAUCUUGAUCGUUCUACAUCUCUGAACAAUCUUGCGGUUUCCCUUCAAACUCGAUUUGAGCAACAUAGACAGAGCGCAGAUCUUGACGAGGCCAUUGAGCAUCACCGUGCUGCGUUGGAACUUCGCCCCGAGGGCCAUCUUGAUCGUUCUACAUCUCUGAACAACCUUGCAGGUUCCCUCCAUACUCGAUUUGAACAACAUGGACAGAGUGCAGAUCUUGACGAGGCAAUUGAGCAUCAUCGUGCUGUCUUGGACCUUCGCCCCGAGGGCCAUCCCGAUCGUUCUACAUCUCUGAACAACCUUGCAGGUUCCCUCCAUACUCGAUUUGAACAACAUGGACGGAGUGCAGAUCUUGACGAGGCGAUUGAGCAUCAUCGAGCUGCCUUGAACCUUUUCCCUGAGGGCCACCCCAAUCGUUCCGCAUCAUUGAAGAACUUGGCUUCUUCAUUGCUAUCUGAAUCUGAUAAUUCUGGGAACGUGGACACCUUUGAAGAGUGCAUGCUACUACUCGAACAGGCAGCCGUACAUAGGUUUUCAGGCCUGGUAGUGCGUUUCGAGGCUGCCAGUCAAUGGGCUAACCGUGCUCGAAAUCACUCACAUCAUACUACAUCCAGAGCUUUCAAGCUCGCAAUAUUGCUCCUACAACAAGCUGCAAUUAAGUACGGCAUACUCACAUUAGACGCUGUAGCCUAUGCUGUAGAGGGAAAUAGGCUCGAAGAAGCUAUAGAAAUACUUGAGCAGGGGAGAGGUUUACUCUGGUCACAGAUGCGUGGUUUCAGAACGCCUCUAGAUCGCCUUACAGAGACAAACAGAGAGCUUGCUGAUAGAUUCAAGAAUGUUAGUCGCCAAUUGGAGCACCUUGCAACAGCUUCUCCUGCGUUGCAGCUUAAUUCAAACGCGACAGGAAGCCGAACAUCCGGGCUGGACGUACAUAGAGAACGGAAACUGUCUGAGGAGAGGCUGAAGCUGAAGAAGCAACUCUCUGGCAAACAGGAGGAGAUUAUUAACAAGAUACAACAAAUUCCUGGGUUUGAGAACUUUCUUGCAGCUACGCCGUUCAAAGUGCUCCAGCAAGCAGCGUCGGAGGGUCCCGUAAUUGUGGUCAAUCUCAGCAGAUAUCGAUCCGAUGUGCUCAUCGUCCUUUCCUGUGAGGAGUCCCCAGUCGUCUGUGUUCCAUUAGAUGGAGAGUUCGCCAAGGAUAGCGUUAAACUGUUUGCCGGACUCGUGGGAACGCGCAUGAAAUCCGGGGCUGAGUCACCAGAGUAUGACAAGGUACUCCGCAGUGCGAUGAAGGUGUUGUGGGAUAGGGUGGUCUCCAAAGUCGUCGACAAACUAAAGGAGCUCGGAAUUGCCGAAGGAUCACGUAUUUGGUGGUGUCCUACGUCUUGGUUGUCUACGCUUCCAUUCCACGCCGCAGGCCCGUUCGAGGAUACAGACGGCGGUACGAAGUAUCUGCUGGACAAAUACAUCUCGUCAUAUACCCCGUCACUCGGAGCACUCAUCAAUGCACGAUUAGAUGGGAGCGGAGGAGAUCCGACAGUGCUUGUAAUUGGAGAUACUUCACUUUCCAUCAGCUAA